AUGUCAACUCGCUCAAAACUACCCGUACGUAAAAUUCACCAAGAAGAAAAAGAACCAAAUGUGAUUAUAGAUUCACCUACACUAUCAACAAAUAGACCAACUCGAACACCAUUACUUAAAGAUUAUGAAUAUCCAGCACUACAUACAGCUUAUUCACUAGCACCACAAUCCAAAUGGAUUAUAGUUCGUAAUAAUAUACAUAACAUUCGAAGUUGGAACGCUAUUGAACGUCUUUCGGUUGUUGAUCGACCAUAUCAAAAUUGGUAUAUUCUUUUUAAAACGAGAUAUGAAUUAAAACGUGCUCAAGAACGAAUUCAAACUCUUCAAUAUUGUCCGAAUUUUAAACCUAUUCAUCAUUUUUAUUUACCUACUGAUGAAAUAAAUGUACGCCAUUAUAAUGUAUCACAUGUUCAACCAACGGAUUGUAUUUAUUUUGCUGCUAUCAGUUCAAACCCAAUUGUUUUACAAAAUUUACUUUACUAUUUUACUAAAGAAUGUACUGUUCCCUCUAACAGUUUAUUUUAUUCAUUUUUAUGUGAUGUUAAUUCAGUGUUAGAUACGAAGCGAAAACGUAUACAUCGAGCUGCUGCUUUUCGAAAAGUGGCACUAGUUAUAACAAUAGCUGUUUUUACUAUUAUAUUAAUGAUGUUUUUUUCAUCGAUAUUAAGUGUCUUAACAACAGUAUCAAAUUUAAGACAAAUGUAUAAAAAUGGUCACAAUGAAGAUAUGACAUGA